AUGGCCGGCUUCCACCUCUUCUCCCCAUGGACCUAUGGGGAGCUUGGGGAGCCCUCGGCCGGUGGAGAGCUGGAAAUUGCAGCACCGCUGGGCUGGCCUGAGCCGACCCUGAGUCCCUGGGCCCUGACUCCUGGUACCGAGUCCGAGACCCGGGUGCCCUGGGUGCACCAGAAAUGUUCGCCCACAGGGCGGCCCCGCCGGCGUGGGUAUAUCUCCUCGCCACAAGAAAGCCACAGCCUGACACGCGUGGCCCGGAGACCCUCGGACCGCGCCAGAAAACACAAGUCCGGAAGCAGGCGCUCGGAAGAAGCCUGUGGGGAGGCACCAACCAAGACUAGCAAAGCCUGGCAGCGGCAGCAGCAGCCGGAUCAGCCAAACCCUCGCUAUCCUGCAGCCCCAGGAGAUUCGUCCCCACCGUAUCCCGGGAGAGCUUUCAGCCCCCAGAGUGUCGAGACUUUGCUUUUAGAAAAGACACACAAUAGAGACCGGUGGGCAGUGCCCAUAUGCAGACAUGUAAGUCUCUGGUCCCCUUCCUCGGUUCUUACUGACAAGUCCUCUGCGCACUCCUUAGAGUUCCAGAAGCAAUCCACCAGUGAGUGCACUCAGAAGAGUGUUAGUGGCGACAGGACCGAAUCCUUAGCCAAUCAGCAUUCCCAGGCCUCCGACUCCUGCAAAGAGGAGAGUAGCCAGCAUGCUCAGGUCCUCAAGAGCAAGCUGGACGAAGCGGUGAUAUCCUCCAGGGACCAGAAGAUCUUGGCCCUGGUGCUGAGCCGGCUCAAGAAGGCCCAGAGGAUGCGAGAACUGCAGCACCAAGCAGCAGUGGCCUGGGAAGAGCUGAAGCGCUCAGACCAGAAAGUUCACCUGACCCUGGAAAGAGAGCGCAGGCUGCUGCUGCAACAGAGCCAGGAGCAGUGGCAAGGACAGAAGGAACAGCACAAGCCACGGAAGGGCCAUGAGCAGCUUCGCCAGAGCCGGGAGCAGCCGGUUCCCCGGCGGGAUCGCCUAGGGAAGAGCGCGAUCCAGUCGGAGAGCGAGAGUGGAUGGAGAGUGCCGCCUGACGACCCACCGGAGAACGACCAAGGCCUGGACAAGCUCGACAGGGCGCAUGCACAGGCUGAGCACCUCAAAGAGUGUCAAGAGCAACGUCUGCGGGAGCAGGAGAGGGUGCUGCGGAGUCUGCGGGACCUGAACAGGCUGCAGCUGCAGAAGAGGCUGGAGGCAGCUUGUCACAAGAGGCAGCAGCAUCUGGCAGAGAGCCACAGGAAGGUCCCGGACAGCCACCUGAGCUCCAUAGUCAACUUCCAGGCCCGUAAAGUUCUCAUGGACUGCCAGGCCAAGGCGGAGGAGCUGCUCAGGAAGCUGUCGCUGGAGCAGAGUUUUCAGGGCUCCCAGGACAUCCAAGAAAGUCUGGCUAAGGAGAGACAUCGAGAGCAGCGGGGGAAGGCCCAGGUGGAGGCAGAGCAAUUCCAGCGAGUGAGGCGGCAAGCAGAGGAGGCAGAGGAGUGGCACCAAGUGAGCAAGCGGGUACUGGCAGAGCUGGCUGAGCAGAAGAUCAGGCAGGCCAAGGGUCACGCGCACAAGACCACCAGGGACAGGGCGCAGCACCUGCAGGAGCUGAACAUCCUGCGUGAGAGGAACCAUCACGUCUUGAAGCUGAAAGCAGAGAAGGAGGAGAAGUGUCACAUUGAGGGUAUCAAGGAAGCCAUCAAGAAGAUGGAACAAAGAGCGGAACAGAUGACCCGAGGGAAAGAUCCCAUCUUCCAGGAGUUCCAGAAGGUUCCCCCAGCCUCCAAGACAGACCGCUGCUUUGACUACCUGGCAACAGAGGCCCAGCUGCCCAUGCGCCAGCAGAGUGGAAUCUACUGA